UUUUCUCUGAUCAUGGAAAAUGUUUCUGUUGUAAGAAUUUUCACUCUCUCAGGUUUAAAUGAGACAGUAAAUUACAGAGUAACUCUCUUUUCACUCACUUUACUGUAUUACUGUGUGAUUUUGUUUGUCAAUAUCUCUCUCAUCAUGAUUAUCAUCUUAGAUGAAAACCUGCAUGAACCUAUGUACAUCUUAUUGUGCAGUUUUUGCAUUAAUGGACUUUAUGGGACCACAGGUUUCUACCCUAAAUUCCUCUUAGAUCUACUGUCUAAAUCUCAUGAAAUCUCAUAUGAAGGGUGCCUUUUACAGGCUUUUGUCAUGUACUCAUUUGCUUGCUGUGAUUUGUCUAUUCUAGCUGUUAUGGCCUACGACAGAUAUCUGGCUAUAUGUCGACCACUGCACUACCACUCUUUCAUGAGUAAGAAGAGGCUCUCACAGCUCAUAUGUUUCUCCUGGUUAACGCCUUUCUGCAUUUUCUCCGUCAGUAUUAUACUAACAUCUACACUGAAGUUAUGUGGUUCAAAAAUUGAGAAACUCUUCUGUGUGAACUGGGUAAUUGUUAAACUGGCUUGCUCUGACACUAACACUGUUGCAAGUAAUAUUAUUUCAUAUUCAAUAAUAUUCAUAUAUGUGUCUCAUGGAUUGUUCAUAAUGUGGACUUACAUGCAUCUUGUUAUAACUUGUGUGAGGUCCAAAGAAGACAGGGUGAAGUUUAUGCAGACAUGUGUGCCCCAUUUAGUCUCUUUAUCCACAUUUCUUGUUGUAAUAGUUUUUGAUCUGAUGUACAUGCGAUUUGGCUCCACAGAUUUACCUCAAAGUAUUCAAAACUUAAUUGCAAUAGAAUUUCUGCUUAUUCCUCCUGUUAUGAAUCCUCUAAUAUACGGAUUUAAACUGACCAAAAUACGAAAUAGAGUUUUAGGUUUAAUCUAUGUUGACAGAAAAUGACCUCCUUCCAUUAAGUUUAAACUCUUAAAGGUAGAAGUAAUGUUCUAAUGUAUAAAAUAAUCCAUAUAUUAUGAUUUUGUUGAGGACUGCAGGCCUCAAUACUAACAAUGUGUUUAACUUGUACCUUUUUGAUGAUGUGUUAUGCUUUAUGAAAUGUGAAAUAAAUACAUGCAGUCCUGUAACAUUUAACUCUUGUAUCAGAGCUUUUUGUAAAUAUAAUUAAUGGAAUAUUUGUUACUGCACAGCCAUGAUAUGAGUCAUUUUUUGGGGCUCCUCUGACAUUAAACAACUGCUUUCACAG